UGACACAAUGGUCUUUGUGUAGGAAACAAUGACACAAUGGCUUUUGUAUAGGAAACAAUGGCCUUUGUGUAGGGGGGUGCAGGUGUGCGUCCUUGGACUGAGCUGGGGGUGCCUCCCUCGGGUAUAAAAAGGGUGCUUUUUGUUUCAUUGCCAUUCGUUCGCCGAAAAGUCCACAGACAAGAUCUACGUCUAGUUUGUUUUAGAGAUUGAUGAUAUUCACAUUUUUGUGUUUUGUUGCUUUUUUUAUUUUGAAAGAAGAAGAUGGCAUCGGGACAUUCAUCAAGUACUACUCAAUGCCCUGAACAGGGUGAAAGAUCGCGAUGCCAACUAGAAAUUGGACAAAAUGUAUACGUUGUGGCCCAACCAUGGAAGCAAGAACUUUUGAUACAUAUCCGGAAAUUCGACAGUGAUAAGGGGAAAACAUUCCCCACCAAACAAGGUAUCGCUCUAAAUCUAAAGCAGUGGGUUGAACUGUGUGGAUGUAAGAGUCAGAUAGACGAAACGAUUUCAGCCUUGAAACAAGGGAAGGAUGAAACAUUGGUCAAACACCUUGGAGCCAAUGUUCAUGCUAGUAUGGACAAGAACUUUACUGGGGUGGACCUGCGUCAGUGGUGGUGGUGUGAUGAAAUGAAAUCUGUGAAACCUUCGAAGAAAGGAAUAUUCCUUUCUCUACAACAAUGGGAGAAAUUGAAAGGCUGUUUCACAGUCAUGUGUGAUUUUGUACCAGAGCUGAACUCGAGUGUGCCCUGCGCCAUGCAAGAUGACCAUCAAAACCAGAUGGGAUUUCUUCAGUGCUCCUUCUGCACCCCCAACGGGUACCAUCAAUAGAAUGAU